AUGUUCCUGGACUGUUCUUCGGACGAGGAGGAACCAAACUGCGCCAAAGCAGAUUCUAUACUUGAGCUGAAUUGUCAAUCAGGUGUCACGGACGGAGCCGACAAGUCCUGGAUGUGUCCUUUAGCCUCAGAGGAGCUCCCCGCAGAUGCGACGGAGGGAAUUUCAACCACGCAACACAGUUUGGAGCCUUCUGUAGCGAGACAAUUUCAGGAAAAACCCGAAAAGCAAUCGGGGGUCAUCCUCAAGCUGCGGCGUAUGUUUGACAGAGAGAGAAUGAGCUACAAACCCAUUUUGGAAUCAGAGAAAUUGCACUUAGACGCAAGCCAAUCAGAGACCGAAUCGACCCCGGAGGCGAGACGCAAGCGCGAAAGAACGCCGAAGGUUGCGAAAUGGAAGCGUUUGUCUUUCUCGAACUCGCUACGCCCCCUCAACGUCUACACCAAGAGAAAGAUGCAAUCCCUGCUGACAAUCAAGUACUGCCCCUACCUGUCGGCCUGCCACAGCGCGGACUACAGGAGGCGCUGGGUACUGCGCUCGGCGGUGCAGAGGGCGAGACGAGCCAUGAAAAUCUUCUACCCGGAUCUGGUGGGGAAGAGGAUCCAGCACCUGUACGAGGAGGUGGACAAGUCCGAGGUGUGGUACAGGGGAGAGGUGCUGCAGGUCCACAAGGCGCAUCCCGACCCCCUCAAGACCGUCUUCGAGGUGCGGUACGACAGCGAGCCCGAGUGGAAGUACUACCUGGAGCUGCUGACGGACUACAAGAAGGGCUGGCUCAAGAUCGAGGACGAGGCUGUGCUGAUGCCAAAGCACGUGAAAGGCAUAGAGUGA